CACACUGUACUUCCACGUGUCCGUGACCGAGUCUGAGGUCCUAGUCCAGACGACACAACCCACAGCCCGGGAGCCUGCUCAUGGCCUGCAUGAACACAUGCAUCUGCUGCACAUCUCAGUUAUGGGAGGCCUCAUUGCCCUCCUCCUCCUAAUCCUCCUCUUCACCCUCGUCCUGUACACCCGUCACCGAUGGUGCAAGCGCCGACGCAUCCCCCAGAAGAGUGCCAGCACCGAGGCCACCCAUGAGAUCCACUACAUUCCCUCCGUUCUGCUUGGACCCCAGGGCCGUGACAGCUACCGGGGCUCCCGGAGCACGCACCAGCACGGGAGCUCGGUCAUUGGCUUGCCCAUUCGGGAAACCCCCAUUCUUGAUGAUUACGACUGUGAUGAGGACGACCCGGGUGGACACUCGCUUAACUCCACGCCCAACCAGCUCCACACCAAGCUGAGCGAUGGGAAGGCCCAUGAGGACUAUGGAGGGCACGCAGACAUCAUGUGCAAGGAAAACGAGAUGAAGCAUCAUUUUGAAAAACGAGCCAUUGACCCAAACACAGAGUCAGUGGAGGAUUUGAUGCAGAGGUUCCAGGACAGUUUCCGUGUUCCCAACACGCCAACAGACAUGUCUCACUACCAGCACGUCAUUCACAGCUCAUCCACGGGCCGCCGGAGGGUCCCCAGCCACACCAGAGGAUUUCUGCUCAUGUGCACUCAAGAAGAGGAGUUGCUGCUUAAUGGGGUGUACACACUGAAGUCGAACUCGGGCUGUGCAGACAAGUGUGUGGAUGUGCCCACCAGUUUCCCGAACCGAAAAAGAGCACCUGGAGGUGUGUUUGGUCCUCAAGGGGAAUCGGGGUCAGAACCUGAAGAUGACAGCCAAAUGAAGUUCUACACAGAGCAGCACAGAGGACGGAGGCGCAGCAAAGGCCACUCGCACAGUCCUCUGAAUAAGGUCACCCUGACGUUGAUCACCAUCAGCACAUGUGUCACUGCCAUUGUCUAUGCCACGCAGGAUUCCUGCCCUCUCACCGUCAAGGUUACACUCCAUGUGCCUGAGCAUUUUGUUGCAGAUGGAAGUAGUUUUGUGGUGAGCAUGGGCAGCUUCCUGGAUGUUUCUAAUUGGCUAAACCCAGCCAAGCUAACCCUCUACUAUCAGACCAAUUCGUCCACACAGUGGGUCCUGGACUACUGCGGCCAGAGGACAACUGAGCCCUGCGAGCAGAUUUGCGAUCAGGACACAGGAGAAUGCAGCUGUCAUGAGGGUUAUUCUCCCGAUCCUGUCCAUAAACACCUCUGUGUUCGCAGCGACUGGGGUCGGAAUGAAGGUCCUUGGCCAUACGCUAACCUGGAGAAAGGCUAUGACCUAGUUACAGGGGAGCAGGCCCCCGAGAGGAUCUUCAGAUCAUUCUACAGUCUGGGCCAAGGGCUGUGGCUGCCAGUCAGCAAGAGCUUCGUGGUGCCACCAGUGGAGCUGUCAAUCAACCCCAUCGCCAGCUGUAAGACGGACGUGAUGGUUACUGAAGAUCCGGGAGAGGUCAGGGAAGAGGCCAUCAUGUCUACUUACUUUGAGACGGUAGAGGACCUACUGGCAUCGUUUGGGCCGGUCCGAGACUGCUCCAAAGAUAACGGUGGUUGCAAGAAGAACUUUAAGUGUGUGACCGACAGACAGUUGGACUCAUCCGGCUGCAUGUGUCCUGAGGGGCUGAGGCCAAUGAAUGAUGGCUCAGGUUGCUAUGACUACUCAAGGGGCAUCGACUGCACGGAUGGCUUCAAUGGAGGCUGUGAACAGCUGUGUCUCCAGCAGCUUGUGCCCCUUGAAGAUGACCCCAGUUCCAGCAACGUACUCAUGUUUUGUGGGUGUGUGCAGGAGUACAAACUGGCAGGGGAUGGGCGAUCUUGCCUCUUGCUGUCAGACAACUGUGAGGGACCAAAAUGCCCAAGACAGGAUGUCCACUUCAAUGACACUCUGUUUGGUGAGAUGCUACAUGGAUACAACAACAAAACCCAGCAAGUCAACUUGGGACAGAUAUUCCAGAUGACCUUCCGGGACAACAACUUCAUCAAGGACUUUCCCCAACUAGCGGAUGGUCUCAUGGUCAUCCCCUUACCGGUAGAGGAACAAUGCCGGGGGGUGUUGUCCGAGCCGCUGCCCAACCUGCAGCUCCUCUCAGGGGAUGCCCAGUUUAGUGAGGCAGCGGGCUAUCCUAUGGUUCAACAGUGGAGAGUGCGUAGCAACCUGUACAAAGUCAAGCUCAGCUCCAUCACCUUAUCCACAGGCUUUUCGAAGGUGCUGAAGACGCUGUCAGCGGAGAGCACACGCGAGGAGCUGCUGGCUUUUCUCCAGCAAUAUGGCAGCCACUAUGCAUCCGAGGCCCUGUACGGUUCCGAGCUCAGCUGCAGCAUCUACUUCCCCAGCAAGAAGGCCCAGCAGCAGCUCUGGCUGCAGUACCAGAAAGAGGCAACAGACCAGGGGGUUGGUGGAAGUGGGCGGCGUGAGCUGAAGUCGGUUCCCUUCAUCAGCUACCUGUCGGCACUGCAGAAGAGCCAGCUGUUGUCUGACGACAUGGUGAAUGGCGUGGAGAUCCGCUGCGAGGAGAAAGGCAGCUGUCCAGCUGGCUGCCACCUGUGCCAUCACCAGGCUAUGAUGGGAGGAGUGUCAGGAAGAGGCCGCACUGGUAACAGCAGGAAUGGAGAGCAGCCUUCCCCCAUCCCUGUGCUAUUGGAAGUCAGCCGCGUGGUGCCCCUCUACAGCCUGGUCCAGGACAACAUCACCAAAGAGGCCUUCAAGAGCGCCACAAUGAGCUCAUACUGGUGUGCUGGAAAGGGCGAUGUCAUUGAUAACUGGUGUCGCUGUGACCUGAGUGCCUUCAGCAAAGAUGGCCUGCCUAUCUGCAGUCCCCUCAGGCAGCCAAUUGUACGCCUAGCCCCUUACUUGGAGCCCUCAAGCACAAUGGUGGCCCUGGAGUGGAUGGAUGUGGAGCCUCUGAUUGGCUGCAAAGUUUCUGACUACAUCAUCCAGCAUAAACGAGUUGAGGAUCCCUCGGAGGCAGAGGUCUACACAGGUGAAGUUCUGAGCUUAGUGGAUGAUCUGUUUUCUGGUUUGGGUUCGUCCUGUGUUGUUGCUGGGAAGAGGACCGGAGACCAUCCUCACUCUGUGCUAUACUCGGUUGUCUUCAAGUGCCUGGAAUCAGACAGUCUCUACAAGUUUACCCUCCGUGCGGUGGAUAACCGAGGCAGCAACUCUGAGUCAAGCUUUGUCUCAGUAAGGACGUCCUGUCCAAUGGUGGAUGAUAGCCGAGCUGAAGAGAUAGCAGACAAGGUGUACAACUUGUAUAAUGGCUACACCAGCGGCAAGGAGCAGCAGAUGGCCUACAACACACUGAUGGAGAUCCCUCCUCCGCUGCUAUACAGAGUCCAGCACCACUACAAUUCCCACUACGAGAAGUUUGGAGAUUUCGUCUGGCGUAGUGAGGAUGAGCUGGGCCCCAGAAAAGCCAACCUGAUACUACAUAGGGUGGAAAGGAUUAGCCACUACUGCCGGUCCCUCCUGCGCAGCACCCAUAUCCAGAGCCGCACCGACACCAUGGCGUAUGUCUACUGCCGGAGUGAAGAGGGCCGACCUCCCAGUAAUGCGUGGCAUGGCUCUUUACAUGAAAGUCGCACCACCUGCAUGGAAAAGCUCAUUUCUGUUCAGCGUAACACAUACAGCAACACUAAACUCCGAUGAGACAGGAGUUUGGAGAUGGUGGCGGUGCGUUUUUGUUUUUUUUCCCUGCAAAAUGACAUCAGCGAUCGAUGAACCUUGUCACCCACUCUGCAGCAAGUGUCCCUCAAGUGACUGGUGGAUUUUGCAAACCAAAAAACCUCAGAAUUCACUGGACAUUGUGUUAAAGCUACCAAAAAAAACAUAUUUUUGUGUGGCCUACUUUUAUUGUAAAACAGAGGAAAAAAAAACUGGAGCAAAAUGCCAGUGAUCGCACAUAUCACUUAGAAACUGCAGUGUGAAAAUGUAAAAUAUAACUGGUUGGUUUAAAUACUUUGAAUGUAAUAUUGUAGUUCCUUUUUGGUGCUUUGAAGCUUACCUGGAACACUUAAAAGAAAGAAAAAAAAAAAGGAAAAGUCAACAGCAUAACUUAUUUGCCUUUACUACCUUCCUUUGAAAGGAGGAAUUGACAAGUGUUAAAGCCAUUUGAAAAUCACUUUCUUGUUUUCAACUUGCCAUUGUUUAAAAAAAAUAAAGCUUUUCUUCAUGAAUGAAAUAAGUAAGUGCGAAACAAUUUUGUAAGUCUAUAUUACAUUUGAUAGAUUAAAUUAAAAUAGCAAGACUUUGUGUGGUAACAUAACAUGAUUGACUAUUAGGCCUGUCAGCCUGUUGAAAUUAUGCAAAGACGGAGUGAGUGUUAUUCAUUCAUAGACUUUUAACUUAGCACUGAUUUCUAGGAAUCCUUUUGUCAUCAUCAUCUCUUUUUGAAUCUACAGUACCCACAAUAAAUAUGGAAAAUGUACUGAUUUCAAUGACAUGUGUUUCUCAGACUAGAAAUGGACCCGAUCACAAUGAAUAAUGUGUUCAAGACAAAAGAACACAACGCUAUGGCCACACUGAAGUCUUUAGAGUAAAUACUUUACAUAACUUGUUGGGUUUUGGUCUAUAAACAUCAACAGCAACUGUAUUAUAAAAAAAAAACAUUAUAUUGCUAGAUUUGAUGAUGCAAGAUGUUUGUGAUCUAUUGAUAAGUUGUAACUUAUCAGAAGAAUAGAACAUUUGUCAUUGUGGCAGAAGUCAAGUUCUGCAAAAACAAAACAUCUGGCAUAAUACACAGGAGCACUAUUAGACAUUACAGUCACAAUAUGGUAAUAAUAAGGUAAUUAAAAUAAGGAGAAUAUGAUGUUUGCUAAUUUAUGUGCAUUCAUAGAAAUUAUCAUAGGAAUAAUAGUAUAAUAAUUUUCCAGAUGACCGAACAGUUUGUGUUGAACCAACUGUAAAGUUGGGAGGUACCGUACACUGAAUUGUGUAUCAGCAGUCGUAGGGAUCGUCUGUGGUCCUUUUAAUCCUCUUGUUUUUCAGUUCAAUGUCAUAUCUUUGAAGCCAUGAAUAUUGUUUUAAUGAAGAUAAACAAUGCCUUUUUUUUCAAUAUUUACAUCUCAUGUUAUAUGAAUUGUAA